UUUAAAUCGCUCGGAGAAAUCAGGGGGAGAGAGAGACGGAGCAAUGGCGACUCAGGCGACAUUUCAAUGAACCACAAGAUGCAUUUCAUCGUCUUCUUUCCCGAAACACGCAGAAUUCGAUGAAAUGGAUUGUAGGCCAAAUCGCAAAUUCACGUUUCUUUGAUCUAUGCGUGUGAUCGGAGAUUCUGACUCUGCUCCUCGGCAGAUUUGAUUUGAUCCCAGAAAUUCUCUCUUCUCCGUCGGGUUUUGUUUCAUCGAGCAUUUGGGCCUUUUCUCCUCGCUGGAUAUGGAGGCAUUGACGGAGCUCUGCGACAUUAUCGCGCAGAAUCCGAAGCAAUUCUCGGAGAAAUUGGCUUGGAUUUGUGGUCGGUGUCCGCAACCGGAGUGGCUCCUCGCCGGAUCACCUAGGGUUUCUCGUAGCCAUCUCAAUGCCGUUUUGGCCGUCGUUCGGAUCCUCUCCCGCAGCCCCGAUUCUACCGACAACCGCGCCAAAUCCGUCGUGCUCGAGUUCUUGCGCGCCGUGCCUGCGUCGUUUCGCCGCUCGUUUUGGCCGCAUUCCUUCCCCACUGAGUCGAUCUCCUCGUUCUAUGGCGAUUUCUUGGGAUACGUCUCGUGCGCCGCUGAUCUGUCGCCGGAAUUCGCCACCGAGGUCGCUGGGUUCACUGGAGAGGUCGUGCUCUUCGCCAUGAACGGCGGCGAGAGCGACAGUGAUCCAGCGAUUUCAAGAGCUUUCUUGCUCGCUCUUUCCCAGAAAUUUCCGUCGAUUCUGCAGUCUGAUGGGGAUAAAUUGAUAACGUUGCUGCUUGAUCAGUUCGCAGUGAACCAUUCUCCGGUGUCUCCCAAGGAACAAAGGCAGCAGAACUCGGCUGGAUCUGAAACUUCGUCGACGCAGAGUUCUCCCAUCAGCACGAACCCUUACGCCUCCGGCAAAAACGAAGAGUUUAGUCCUGGGUACGAGGUUGCGAGUCAUGGGUCCAGUGCGUCUUCGAAGAGUUCCUUGUCUGUGGUGGUGAAUGGGGGAAGUAUCAUGUGGAAGAGUGGUGCAGAUCUUCUGAGUUUUGGAUACAGUGAAGGGAGUGGAGGCUCUAAUCCUGUGUUCAGACAGCAAGUGGCUUCCUUCGAGGACGAGCCUAUUGAAAGCUUAGAGAAGCAAGAGGUUGCGUUUAAGUUGAUAACCCACAUUUUGGAUAAAGUGAAAAUUGACUCCAAACUACUGGAGCAGGUGAGAAUUAUGGCGAAGAGGCAGCUCCAAUCUAUGUCUGCAUUUCUAAAGUCAAGAAAGCGAGAUUGGAAUGAACAAGGGCCAGUUUUGAAAACUAGGGUCAAUGCCAAACUGUCUGUUUAUCAGGCUGCAGCCAAAAUGAAAAUCAAGAGUCUCGUAUCUAUUGAAACAGAUGGAAAGACCUCUAAAAGGUUGGUGUUGGAGACUCUCGCAUUGCUAUUAGAUGCUGCAGAUGCCUGCUUGACAUCUGUAUGGCGGAAAAUGAGGGCCUGUGAAGAGCUUUUCAGUUCUCUGCUUUCGGGGAUUGCAAAGAUUGCAGUGGCUCGGGGAGGACAACCACUUCGUGUGUUGCUCAUCCGUCUUAAACCAUUGGUACUGGCUGUCUGUGCACAGCCAGAUACUUGGGUGAACAAUCAGGGGGCUAUGUUUGGGAGCGUACUUAAAACUAGCUGUGAGAUUAUUGAAUCUGGCUGGGCCAAGGAUCGAGCUCCAGUUGAUACAUUCAUCAUGGGGCUAGCUACAAGCAUUCGUGAAAGAAACGACUAUGAAGAGCAGGUUGAUAAAGAGAAACAGGUUCCUGCUGUACAGCUUAAUAUUAUACGACUUCUUGCUGAUCUCAACGUAGCUGUCAAGAAACCUGAGGUAGUGGACAUGAUUUUGCCACUUUUUAUAGAAAGCUUGGAAGAGGGUGAUGCUUCAACUCCUGGCUUGUUGCGACUCCGGCUUCUUGAUGCUGUAUCUCGGAUAGCAACUUUAGGGUUUGAGAAGUCCUACCGAGAAACAGUUGUUUUGUUGACAAGAAGUUACUUGAGCAAAUUAUCGAGUGUAGAAACUUCUGAAAGCAAAACUUCGACACCAGAAGCCACAACUGAACGUGUAGAGACUCUUCCGGCAGGAUUUCUUACAAUUGCCAGUGGUCUCACAGAUACAAAAUUGCGUUCUGACUAUCGCCAUCGUUUGCUAUCCUUGUGUUCAGAUGUAGGUCUGGCUGCUGAGUCCAAAAGUGGAAGGAGUGGUGCUGAGCUCUUAGGACCUCUGCUUCCUGCUGUUGCAGAAAUAUGUUCUGAUUUUGAUCCCACUUUGGCUGUUGAACCAUCACUUUUGAAGUUGUUUCGCAAUCUGUGGUUCUAUAUAGCCCUUUUUGGCUUAGCACCCCCAAUUUUGAAAGCUCCAAUGCCAGCAGCAAAGUCAAUGUCCAAUCCAGUGAACAGUUCGGGAAGCAUGGGUAGUCCUUUACAAGCAGUGGGAGGACCUUACAUGUGGAAAACUGAGUGGGCUCUUGCAGUUCAGCGGAUUGCGCAAGGCACUCCUCCCCUUGUUGUGAGUUCAGUAAAAUGGCUUGAAGACGAAUUAGAACUCAAUGCGCUUCACAAUCCUGGUAGCCGUCGAGGAAGUGGAAAUGAGAAAGCUGCUGUGACUCAGAGAACUGCUCUAUCAACUGCUUUAGGAGGUCGAGUUGAUGUUGCAGCAAUGAACAAUAUCUCAGGAGUGAAGGCAACCUAUCUUCUUGCAGUAGCUUUUUUGGAAAUCAUUCGCUUUAGUAGCAAUGGGGGCAUCCUUAAUGGUGGUUUGAGUGUGACACCUUCUAGAAGUGCUUUCAGUUGUGUCUUUGAGUAUCUAAAAACUCCAAACCUUAUGCCUGCGGUUUCACAGUGUUUGACAGCAAUUGUGCAUAGGGCCUUUGAGACAGCAGUGUCAUGGCUGGAAGAUCGGAUAUCUCUAACUGGAAAGGAUGCUACAAUUAGAGAAUCAACUACAUAUGCGCAUGCAUGUUUCCUCAUAAAGAGUAUGUCACAGAGGGAUGAACACAUUCGUGACAUUUCUGUGAACCUGUUGACUCAGCUCAGGGAUAAGUUUCCUCAGGUGCUCUGGAAUUCAUCUUGUCUGGAUACUCUGCUUUUCUCUGUUCAUGAUGACACACCUUCAACUGUUGUCAAUGAUCCUGCCUGGACUGCUGCUGUUCGGUCAUUGUACCAGAAAGUUGUUCGAGAAUGGAUCGUAAUAUCACUUUCAUAUGCUCCUUGCACUAGUCAGGGCUUGCUUCAGGAUAAGCUGUGUAAAGCAAACACUUGGCAGCGAACACAAACUACGACUGAUGUGGUCUCUCUUUUAUCUGAGAUAAAGAUUGGAACUGGGAAAAAUGAUAUUUGGUCUGGAAUAAGAACAGCAAAUAUUCCAGCUGUAAUGGCUGCAGCAGCUGCAGCUUCUGGGGCAAACAUAAUAGUUUCUGAGGCCUUCAACUUGGAGGUGCUCAGUACUGGUGUUGUCAGUGCAACAGUGAAGUGUAACCAUGCCGGAGAAAUUGCUGGCAUGAGAGGAUUUUACAACAGUAUCGGUGGUUUUCACUCUGGCGCUUCACCUGGUGGUUUUGGUGGUGGCCUUCAGAGGUUAAUCUCUGGGGCAUUUUCUCAGCCAUCACAACAAGAGGACGAUUCAUUUAAUGAGAUGUUAAUUUCCAAGUUUGUUCGGCUCCUUCAACAAUUUGUUAGUACUGCUGAGAAAGGAGGGGAUGUGGACAAGUCUCAAUUUCGGGAAACUUGUUCCCGAGCAACUGCACUACUUCUGUCAAAUCUGGGUGGCGAGUCAAAAUCAAAUGUCGAAGGUUUCUCUCGGUUAUUGCGUCUCCUUUGUUGGUGUCCAGCUUAUAUAUCUACUCCAGAUGCUAUGGAAACUGGUGUUUUCAUUUGGACCUGGUUGGUUUCUGCUGCUCCACAGCUAGGAUCUCUUGUACUUGCGGAGCUUGUUGAUGCAUGGAUAUGGACAAUUGAUACAAAGCGAGGACUUUUUGCGUCUGAUGUGAGAUACUCUGGCCCAUCAGCAAAGCUAAGGCCUCAGCUUGCCCCAGGGGAACCGGAAAAUCUGCCGGAAUUUGAUCCUGUUGAUCAAAUAAUUGCUCACAGGCUAUGGCUUGGAUUUUUUAUAGAUCGCUUUGAGGUUGUCCGACAUAAUAGUGCCGAGCAACUCUUGCUGCUUGGUAGAAUGUUACAACGGAGUACGAAGCUUGACUGGUGCUUUACUCGCCACCCUGCAGCUGCUGGCACCUUUUUCUCUUUGAUGCUCCUUGGAAUGAAGUUCUGCUCAUGCCAGUCACAAGGCAAUAUGCAGAAAUUUAGAACUGGGCUCCAGCUAUUGGAAGAUCGGAUCUAUCGGACUUCUUUAGGAUGGUUUGCUCAUCUGCCGGAGUGGUAUGAAGUAAAUAUUCCGAGCUUCUCUCUGAGUGAAGCUCAAUCUGUUUCUGUUUUUGCUCACUUCUUGUCAAAUGAGAAAUCAGAUUUUGUGCAAUCUGAUUCCAAAGGAAAAGCUAAUGGGAACGGGAACUUGACUAUCAUGAAUGACCAGUAUCACCCUGUCUGGGGUCAGAUGGAGAGUUAUGCUGUUGGAAAAGAAAAGAGAAAGCAGCUGCUUCUAAUGCUUUGCCAGCAUGAAGCUGAUAGGCUUGAAGUUUGGGCACAACCUAUACUUUCGAAGGACAAUUCGUCUUCACGGCAUAAAAUAAGCUCUGACAAGUGGACUGAAUACGCUAAGACUGCUUUUUCGGUGGACCCUCGCAUUGCUUUAUCAUUAUCUUCAAGAUUUCCGACAAAUGCAGCUCUGAAAUCUGAAGUUACUCAGCUGGUUCAGACACAUAUAGUGGAUCUUCGUACAAUACCUGAAGCCUUGCCAUAUUUUGUUACACCUAAAAGCGUGGAAGAGAAUUCAGUGCUUUUGCAGCAGUUGCCUCAUUGGGCUGCUUGUUCAAUUACACAAGCUCUUGAGUUCCUUACUCCUGCUUAUAAGGGGCAUCCACGCGUCAUGGCAUAUGUCCUAAGAGUUUUAGAAUCCUACCCUCCUGAACGAGUCACUUUCUUCAUGCCGCAGUUGGUGCAAUCUCUGCGUUAUGAUGAAGGGAGGCUGGUAGAAGGGUAUCUUCUCAGAGCUGCCCAAAGAAGUGAUAUAUUUGCACAUAUUCUCAUCUGGCAUCUGCAGGGUGAAUCUGUUCAGGAAACAGGGAAAGAAGGUCCUUCUGAGAAGAAUGCUUCAUUUCAAGCGAUUUUGCCAGAGGUCCGACAACAUAUCAUUGAUGGUUUCACCUCCAAGGCCCUGGACUUGUUCAAUAGAGAGUUCGACUUCUUUGACAAAGUAACAUCUAUUUCUGGUGUAUUAUUUCCUCUUCCGAAAGAAGAACGAAGAGCUGGUAUCAGGAGGGAAUUGGAGAAAAUUGAAUUGCUGGGAGAUGACCUUUAUUUGCCAACUGCACCUAACAAGCUUGUAAGGGGUAUCCGUGUAGACAGCGGUAUACCCUUGCAAUCAGCUGCAAAAGUUCCUAUCAUGAUAACUUUUAAUGUCACUGAUCGUGAUGGUGACCAUAAUGACGUGAAACCACAAGCUUGUAUUUUCAAAGUGGGAGAUGAUUGCCGACAAGAUGUUCUUGCCCUUCAAGUGAUAUCUCUUCUUAGAGACAUAUUUCAAGCAGUUGGCAUUAAUCUUUAUCUUUUUCCAUAUGGAGUUCUCCCAACUGGAGCCGAGAGGGGAAUUAUCGAGGUUGUGCCAAAUACACGAAGCCGGAGUCAAAUGGGUGAAACAACCGAUGGUGGUUUGUUGGAGAUCUUUCAGCAGGAUUAUGGACCCGUCGGUUCCCCCAGCUUUGAAACAGCACGUGAGAAUUUCCUCAUCAGCAGUGCUGGUUAUGCUGUGGCAAGCCUUUUACUGCAACCAAAAGAUAGGCAUAACGGCAAUCUCCUCUUUGAUAAUGUGGGGAGGCUUGUUCACAUUGAUUUCGGUUUCAUCUUGGAAACUUCACCAGGUGGAAACAUGCGGUUCGAGAGCGCACAUUUCAAAUUGAGCCAUGAAAUGACUCAGUUGUUAGAUCCUUCGGGUGUAAUGAAAAGCGAAACAUGGCAUCAAUUCGUGAGCUUAUGUGUGAAGGGAUACUUGGCCGCUCGGCGGUAUAUGGACGGGAUAAUAAGCACGGUGCAGAUGAUGCUGGACAGCGGAUUACCCUGCUUCAGCCGAGGCGAUCCAAUUGGGAAUCUCCGUAAGAGAUUUCAUCCCGAGAUGUCCGAACGAGAGGCCGCAAACUUCAUGAUCCAUGUCUGCACCGAUGCUUACAACAAAUGGACGACGGCCGGGUACGACUUGAUACAGUAUCUUCAACAAGGCAUUGAGAAGUGAAACUGCUGAGACAAUGAAUGUACAUUCGAAUAUGAAACGGUAUAUUAUUCCCUCUUUUUGUGCCGUGUGUAUUGCCAAAAGCAAAGGGAGUUCAAGGGAGAGAGGGCAGGGUUUGUAUUAAAAAGAAAAAGAAAAAAGAGAUUGUGUUUAUUUGGGAUCAUUGGUAACUUGAGGUGCAAACUAUUUAUACA